AUGGCACCACACACACAGACUGCCGGUGCAGUAGGCGGUAUUACGAUAAAGCAACCGUUUCAAGCGCACCAUCAGUGGCCAUGGACCAGUACGAACGGUGCCGGGAACAACGCCACAACGAACGCCGGGAACAACAGCAGCACCGUCGGCGCUAAUUCUGUCGGCAUGGCGGGAAAUAACGGCAGUAGUUUAAGUAGCAGUAAUGGGACGAGUAGUAGUAAUGGUGGGACCAGUGGUACCACUUCGGUAGCUCAUCAAACAGGAGCUGGAUCCUUGAAUGGUAGUGGAACCGUCGUAUCGUCGGUGGAGCAACAAAACGUCUCAAACAUCACUGCCUUUACAACGGUGCAAUCACACGGAGGAUCUGCUAGCAUUGGUGGAAACAUCCCUUCGACGACCACCACCACCAGCUCCAGCACCACUACCAAUGGCCAAAGCAUUGCCUUGGCAGCUGCAGCCGCCCUGUUGCGAGUCACUCCCGGCGGUGGUUCAACCGCCGGCAUCGCCGUGAGUCCUUCGAACAAACUGAAACGCUUACAGCCAACGUCGGCGACGGCGACGGCAUCUACGGCGGCAACCGCACCACAACCGCCACCCACCCCCACCACAACCGGUGUUCAGACGGACGGAACUGGAAAAAGCAAUAGCAGCAGCAAUACUAGCGGUAGCAUCAGCGCCGCCAAGCGCGCCCGUCCGAGUCCGGAUGGGGCGAAGAUCGUGUGCAAAUCGGUCGGAACGAAUACGAGCGGGCCACCAGCGCUUGUUGCGGUCAGCAACUCAGCUGCUGCCCAGAAGAAGAUCUCGCAAAUGGCCAUCGUAGCGGCCAGUGGACAAGGGAGUACUGGAACGCCCGGAACCACCACUACGAUGGUGAUGAAGACGACUGGCAGUGGAAGCGGAACCAUGACGACUUUGCCAACAACCGCGCUGUUGACAGGGGCAUCCACUCUACCGACAGAUCCUGCGAAGGGAAACAAAAUCACUGGCUACUUUAAGUCGCAGACGAAAACCCCCAACAGCUUUCCCGCGAUGAAGAAAAACAUUAAAACCAUCACCGGGCGGGCGAUUACGAUGCAGCAGCAAAAGAAGCAGCUGUUGAGUGGCAGCACGACUACCCUAACGGAAGGUAGUUCGGAUCAAACGACCGGAAACAGUAACAUCGCUACAGCAUCAGUCAUGAAGGCCCCGGCGCCUUUUUCCGGGGCAGAUCUGCAGAAGUAUCUGGAGUUGUUCCAGCAGCAGCAGCAGCAACAAACGUUGGGGAAAAGUCUCCCUAACGGUGCUAGUGUCUCUUCAUCGACAACAUCAGCCCUGGAAGCGGUUGCGGUGGCAACCCUAGCCGCGUCGGAGGCUGCUGCUUUAGCGGCCACUAAUAACGCUCUCGUUGCAGCCGCUCCAGGACCUGCCGCGAAGAAGGUGGAACGUAAAACAGCCCGCAUAGCACCGACCGUAUCGGCAACCCGUAAAAUCAGCCACUCGGUGCAAAGUGGCAUCGGUGUUGGAGGAGCAAGCGCAGCGCAAGCGAAGAAACCCAUCAACAUCGCGCCAAGGACGACAACCGUCAGUACGACAUCCGUCUACCAGCAAACGAUCGUUGCGGCGGCACCAACGAACAGCAACAACACUGCCAGUGUGCACCAAACGACAACGACGACGACGCAGAAGACUGAACAGCAGCAGCACCAAGCCAUGCUGCUGGGCAAAGGACAAUCGGCGGUGGCCAAUCCGCCCGUCCUGCUCACUGCCAUACGACUGCCGGGGUCGGCAGUUCAGCAGCCACCCCACUCCGUGGCCACCUCGCAGCACUCGUCCGCGGUGGCCGCAACUCAGUACAAGACGAUUCUGCCCCAGUCGCAAACGAGCACAUCCUCGACCUCAACCAGCGGCGCACCGAAGCUAACACCGGCGAAGUUAGCAACUGCUGUUCCGGCGACUGUCGCCAGCACGGCGGCAAUGGCCGCACCGACAGCGGCCGUUUUUCAGUUUCACCACCAGCUGACGGGUGGGGCAGGGACAACGGCAACGGCCGGGCCCGCACAGAUGCCAAAUCUUGUGCAGAUCUCGAACCUGCUCCCGUUGGCGGCCCAGCAACAGGGUAAGCUGACCGGUGCGGGUUCUCUGACCCUGGCCACGGCAGCGAGCGCAUCCGCCAUCCACCAGCAAUCCCCGUCGGUGACAGCUUCAGCCGCAGCGGCGGCUUUUGCGUCUGCACUUGGUGCUGGGCCGCAGACGGCGGUUACGGCCGCUAAUCACCUGCUAGUCAACGCGAAUGGCGGUGGGUUGGUUCGUGGAGGUGCCGGUGGGACUACCAUGACCACUGCUCCAACGCCACAGCUCGUCAUGAAUGCCACCUUCAUUAAGAUCCAUCAAAUCCAGCAGCAACAGCAAGCAGCUGCUGCUGCAGCACAACAAGCAGCAGCUCAGCAACAGUUGCUAGCUGCUACUGCCAAUUCAGUUGCGAAUGCGACAACCCAACAGCAGCAAAGCUUCACGAUGGAAGCGUCGGCGAUGAAUAUGAACUUUAGCGGGAUGUUUGCAUCAAAACCGACGACUACGGUUGUACCGUACUCCUGCCAACCGACAGCAGGACGUCCGGCUGCUACCUACCAACCAUCGAGUGGCGCAACAACACUUUAUCCCUCACCAAUCAACCCAUUCGCUGCGGCUCAGCAACAGCAUCAACACUCCCAGCAGCAGCUGAUUAUGACCCCGACCGGGGGGAUCUUCGUGAAUGCGGCCGCCAUUCCGGCGAUGAUUAGCUCGCAGCUGAGUGCGGCUUUCACGCAGGCAACGGCCAACAUCCCGGCGUUACAUCCGCUACAACCGCCAACGUCGCUUCCAGCCGUCAGUACGGCCACCAGCGCCGGACAGUUACCAAAUAUCACAGCUAUCAUCCAACAGAGCAGUGGCAGUGCGGCAGCCGUCAGCAACAAUGCCAACCCACAGCAACAGCAACAGCAGCAGCAGCAGCAGCAACAACAGCAGCAUCAUCAUUCGCUGGCGUUGGCAAACAUUUCUCCUGCGAUUCUUUCCAAUUUGCAGGUGGCUGCAGCGGCUCUCGCAUCAUCCUCCUCCAUUAACAGCACGAACUCGGCACGCCUUGGUCCGGCGGUGGUGACUCCCGUCUCCUCGGCACCACAGUUCGUUCCGAUCUCCGCCACUGGCCAUUUCGGUGCUGGUGCUACGCUCUUCACAGCAGCUCCGAUGACUUCAGUCCACCAGCAUCAACAGCAGCUGCAGCAACAACAGCAGCAUCAUCAUCAUCUUCAUCAACCACCGAACGUUUCAGCGGCCAUGCAAUCGCUCUCUCCGCCACCCUUGGUCGCCACCGUACCAACCUUCACCACCACCGGCAAACCGAUCGUGAACGCUGUCCUUAACGGUGUCGCACAAACACUCACUUCCUCGACGGCGUCCGCAACGGCCAUGCUCGGUGGUGAACCACCGGGUUUGGUCCCAGUACAGCAUCCGAAGCCAGCAGGAACAGGGGUAGUGCCACUUCCCAAGCUGGUCCGUGCGUCCUCGCUUACAACCCGCACGAACGGUUCGACACAAACGGCCGCCAUCUUGUCUCCGGUUGCGUCCUCUUCACCGCCGGCACUCAACCCGCUUACGCUGGACUGUGGCAGCAGCAACGACAGUGGCAUUGUGGCCAACUCGAGCGACAGUGAGGACAAAUCGCUCACGAUCGAUCUCUGCUCGCCGGGUUCGCCUUCCGAUGCGUCUUCCGCGAAGAAGAGCGAACGUGGGGAUGAGGAUGAAGAGGACGAGGAUGAUGAAGACGAUCGCGAACAUCACCAUCAGCAUGUCCGGCCACAUGUCCGGCCGGUCCGUCAGCACCACCAUCGUAAGCCGUUAUCCCGAUCUCCUCCGCUUUCGUCUUCCGAGGAUUCCGAGGAUCAGCUGAUCGUCGACACUGAUGCUCCUCGGUCUGUUCCGAGUUCCGAUGGCAUUACGUUAACGCCACCGGUGGCGACGACCGUGUCAUCAUAUCCGCCACCGUUACGGCUUCUCUCGGAUGUGGCGGUUGCUGCGGCCGAAGCUGAGGCAGCCCUCCACCAGCGGCUGCAGACUCCAGUGACCAAUCAUCAGGGAUCUACCACGAGCAGCGCGGUUUUGGAGCUGAUCCGACAGAAGCACGAACAGCAACAACAGCCACCGGAGCAGCAGAAACUUGCGGAACAGAAGCAGGUUCCACCGACGCCAUCUCCACCGAUGGAGCUGGAUGAGGACACUACUUCAUCUACGCACAAAGAUCUCCCGCGAGAUGGCCAGCCGGUGCAACGGCAAAAAUCCGUCACCUCAUCGUUGUCCUCGUCGUCCUCGUUGGUUGCGGUGGAUCUGCAGGAAGAUUACAUUGCUGCAGCAACCCCGCAAAGUAGCAGCUCCUCGGACGGAACAGGAGCGCAACAGGGAGAACAGAAGUCGCAGGGCCAAUCACCCGCUGAAUCGCGCCAAUCCAACUCAUCUCCCACCUCCUCGUCUUCCGCGUCAUCGUCCUCUUUCGAGCAGUCCCAUUUGUCACCGCCGAGCAUCGACACGGAGCUGCUGACGGUUGUCGCACCGGAUACAGCUUGUGCCAAGAGUCCUAUCCUGUCGCAACCCAAAACGAUCCGCUUCCCUGCACCAUCCGGUACGGCACCGCAUCAUAACUUCGGUCGCAAGGGUUUCCGCCGAUCGGGCGAUGGCCGGCUGUACGGUGUUUGUUACUGGCGCGAUUGCAACAGCAAGUUCGACAGCAGCUCCCAGCUGCUCGAUCACCUCCAGCUCGCCCACGUGAACACCCAGAAGGACCCGCCGUACUCGUGCCUCUGGGACGGGUGCAAGGUGCACAACAAGGAGUGCACCAAAUUCAAUUGGCUCGAGAAGCACGUCCUUUCGCAUGCCUGCAGCAAACCGCACAAGUGCAUCGUUGCCGGGUGCGGAAUGCGUUUCGCUUCACAGCCUACGCUGCUCAAGCACGUCAACAGUCAUUUCGCGAGUGCGGACAGCAACGGUUCCAACAAACGAUCGACUGAUCCGCCCGUUCCGAAGAUCCUCAGGAAGACAGGCAAAAAGUUGCGCUAUCGUCGUCAACCGUGGUCAGCUCGUCGGUUUGAUUUCUUCGACUCCGGCAUCAUGGAAGGAUUGCAACACCGUUUGAUACGACUAGCCGCCAUCGCUAGCGGACCGGGUGGAGCGAUUACAUUCCGUGGGCUGCAGCUCGCCCGUCGUCACGUUGAUGCCGAUAAAACGGAAGUGCUCAUUCGAUGGUACCCCGAGGACAUCAUACCGGACGAAUGGUUACCGGCGAACCCCGUGGGCGAGAAAUUCCUAAAGCACGUCAGCAUUCACCAUCUGUCCAUGGCGCAGCGAAACAACCUGUCCGACUAUCUGAAGCACGAUCGGCUCAAUCCCAUGGCGACGGCGAUUGUCAAUCCUUUUGCUGCGCUGCAUGACCGACCCCUCGAGCAGCAGUCGACCGCGAGUGCCAGUGGAAGUAAUUCCAACCUCAGCAGUAUCAGCUGCAGCAGCAACAGUAGCAUCAACAGCACCAGUGGCAACUGGUCUAGCUUCAGUGCCAGCUCAACGAGUUUGAAUGUGCCGUUUAACAGCCGUACGGCACCGAAGCAACAGCGAAAACCGCCCAAGAAAUUCACCGCAGGUUCGAACGGUUGCUCUGUCACGUCGGGCACGACUGAACGGUCAGGAGUAUCGUCCCUUUUCUCCACCUCGUUGACGUCGCUCUCCGGUGGCGGCAUGGCUAACAGCACCGUUACUACUAAAUCAUCCAUCGGCGAGAGCAGUAGGGACGGAAGCUGCAGCUCAAUGCAACUCUCAUGUUCGUCUUCCUCCUCUUCCACGGUGUCGUUCGCGAGAUCGGCUUCAUCUUCUGCUGCCGCGAAGCCGGCUUCAUCGGGUCUGGCUAAAGUGACAUCUACAUCCUUUUCCUGA